UGAAAUCUAGCUGCUGGCGUUUCUGCUUGUCUGUUGGCUUUCUAAAACUACUAAAAUAUGUCAAACAGUAUUUUUAAAAAAGAAAAAAGAUUUUUGUUUACCUCAGAGUCUGUUGCAGAAGGGCAUUCUGAUAAAAUAUGUGAUCAGAUCAGUGAUGCUGUUCUUGAUGCUUAUAUCAGUAUUGAUCCAGAUGCGAAGGUUGCUUGUGAGUGCGUGGCAAAAACUGGAAUGAUCUUGCUAUGUGGAGAGAUCACUUCCAAAGCUGUAGUAGACUAUCAGCAAAUUGUGCGAGAGACUCUUAAGAGAAUAGGCUAUGAUGACUCUUCCAAAGGACUAGACUACAAGACUUGUACAGUGUUGGUAGCUCUAGAACAACAGUGUAAAGAAAUUAAACAUGCUGUUUACCAUGGCAAGAAUGAGGAAGACAUUGGAGCUGGGGAUCAGGGUUUGAUGUUUGGUUAUGCCACUGAUGAAACUGAGGAAUGCAUGCCCCUAACGAUCCUACUUGCACACAAACUUAAUGCAAAGAUAAAAGCCAUGGAACGGAGUGGAACAUGGCCCUGGGUUAGGCCAGAUGGGAAAACACAGGUCACAAUGGAAUAUAAGGAAACCAAUGGAGCAGUGGAGCCAGUCCGUGUCCACACAGUAGUGAUUUCUGUACAUCAUGCUCCAGAUGUGUCUUUGCAACAAAUACGGAAUGAGCUAAUGGAAAAAGUCAUCAAAGAAGUUAUUCCAGCAAAGUAUCUUGAUGAAAACACAAUCUACCAUCUUCUUCCAAGUGAAAAGUUUAUAGAAGGUGGUCCCAAGAGCGAUGCUGGACUGACUGGCAGGAAGAUCAUUGUUGAUACUUACGGAGGCUGGGGAGCCCAUGGAGGAGGUGCAUUCUCAGGGAAGGAUCCUUCCAAAGUUGAUCGCUCGGCAGCAUAUGCAGCUCGCUGGGUUGCAAAAUCCCUAGUGAAAGCUGGUCUCUGUAAAAGAGUAUUAGUCCAGCUGUCCUAUGCUAUUGGUCUGAGCCAUCCUUUAGCUAUCUCAGUGUUCCACUAUGGUACUUCAGAUAGAUCAGAAGAAGAACUGCUUGACAUUGUGCAGAAAAACUUUGAUCUACGUCUUGGCGUCAUCAUAAGGGAACUGGAUUUGAAGAGGCCAAUCUAUCAACAGACUGCAUGUUAUGGACACUUUGGAAGAGAAGAAUUUACAUGGGAAAUGCCAAAAAAACUCAUUUAUUAAAUUUUUCAGAAUCUGUCUUUUGUAAUAAUAGAGAAUGAGAAGGUACAACUUCUAAACUGCCAAAGUGGAAAUAUUUUUUAAAAUUUUUUAAUAAGAUGACAUUCUGUAACUGAAGAAUAUAUGCAUUGAACAUAAUUGCAUUUACAUUGUAAAAAACAAUGAAAUUUUCUGCUGGAUUUUAAUACAUGCUUAUUAGAUUUUGCAUCUCUUCACUUUUUUCCUUCAGAAAAGGAAUUUUUGCCCUACACAUUUAAUCACUUGUGGUGAUUCAGAGAAAUUAAGAAAAAUACCUACUAUAUGAUAUUGCCUGUUGUUACCUAUAUAUGACUUAACUAUGAGACAACAUCUACUUAAGUUUGCUUGUAACAUGAGUCUAAGUUUUAUACAAAAAAUUGCAAAACUAGAACUCUUGGUUCAGAGAUGAUACCUUUUAUUAGACCAACUAAGAAAUCACAAAAAAAUUAUCUUUUUCUGCAAGCUUGUGGGCAUGAAUGCCCUUCUCCUCAGGCUCAGGGAAAAUAAAGAUGAUAAAAAGUCCCCAUAUGUAGAAAAUAACUUCAUUUUUGCAGAGGAAGCUGAAGGUGGAAGUCUGUUCCUCUGGGUCCAUGAGAGUGUCU